AUGCCCGUCAAAAACAGCACCUCGUCACCGGUAACAGGCCGACGAGACUCUCGGCCAAAAACCCUCCUUUGGCGCCUGCAUGACAUUGUCGACCGAAUCAUGGUCAUAUCCGGAAUCUGCUCCGCCAGUCUCCCGAUAGCAUACUAUCUCAUGUGCUGCUACUAUCAGGGAAUUGACAAAGGGACAUGUCGCGAGCAGGACCGCGUUCUCAUGAUCAUCCUUGGGGGCUUUUUCCUUGUCAUGUACCCGUUGAAGUUUAUCCUGCAGUAUUAUGCGCUGCGCUCGCAAAGUGCAGGGGGCCAGUGA